UUUCCUGCUGAAUUUCGUAGAUAAUUAUUCGCCAACAUUCCAAGAGGCUGUAUACAUGCUGGUCAUCUAUGUCAAGAAGCUUUAUCUGGAAACUGAGCAUGAUGCGAUCGUUUCCAUGUUUUCCGUGAUCAUGCCGCUGUUUUUUAAGGUUUAUCCUGAUUGGGUUAUUCUGCACGUCGACAAGCAAGAGCUCACUCCAGCUUUGAAAAUGUUGUACGCACUGUGUUGUGAGCACUUUUCUUGGGAAGGUGGACUAAUUCUCGUUGAAGGGGAACCGGCACAGUUCUCUUACCCGAAGGAACAAUUCACCUACAGUAAAACCACCGUUUUGCGCAACAUACAGGAAGCUUGUCACUCUCUGAAGUUUGAAGUCAAUAGGUUUCUUGGUCCACUACCGAUACUGAAUCAGCUACCACUUCCUGAGACCAAAGUCGAAUGACCGUGACAGGCGACGCUGUUGAUACGAUGGGAUUUC